AUGCAUCCGGAACUACCGCAGUUGGCAUGGAAACUGAUCUUCCUCCCAUCGUUCGAGGCUAUCGCACCGCAAGGCGCCCGAAGAGCCCGUCCCUGUGUGCAGCAAAGGCCUAUCGGCCUUGGUAUAUGGCUCCUCAAGGGACUCUUGAGGGGCUUCGAGUGGGCGUACUUCAGAGUAGAUGAUUGCGUCCGACGAUGCUGUGAGCGUUGGGUGAAUCAGGAAGAGACUGCUGCUGCACCUUCUCAUCAUGCUUCUGCCAAGGAAGAUGGCGUCAGCGCCGAGCUUCUCGGGACCGGCGCCGCUGCCGCCCCCGCUACUGUUCUCGCGGGUGCCGGCGUGGCUGCCGUUGCCGCUCACCAGGAUUCCGUGACCGCACCCGAAUCAUCGACAGAUUGGGAGGAUCCCAAGGCCGAGGCCCAGCCCACAGACAGCGAGCCAACACCGUUCUGUCUUUCCAACCAGCAAUCUGUCAUAUCGAUCGAAACUAUUCCGGUUCUUGCAGUCUUGCAGGCGGGUACGAAGCUCUUCUCGGCACACUGGGCCAGUCCUCCACGGCGAAGCUGGCCACAUAAGGCUCGCAACCACCGGUCGAGGCCGUCGAGCCAACCCAACCCGCCGAAACCAGCGAGAGAAUCACUGAGUCCGUUGCCAAUGCAUCCGACGCCAAGCCUGCUGCCGACAGCAACCUUGCGCCAAAGCAGAAUGAUGAGGAUUCUCGUCCUACCAGUCAGAAUCGGUCGGUUCCAGCUGUUUCUCUCAAAGGGUGCAACAGACAGCUGGCUAAAAGCAAUCCUGCAUACCGUGUUUGUCAAUUGCCUUGGAGGGCUAUUUGCACCUUUCUGGCGUAACAAGGCCCCCAAAUAA